AAGUGCAAUCACUUGCCUUAGACUUCGCACCGCAGAAGCUAAUGUCUGGGAGCCUUUUAAACAACUUUACAAAGAAGACAUGACUGCGAAAUUAACACAUGGGGCAGUUGAAGCCCUUGUGAAAGGAUCGCAUGUAGAGAAUCCGGUGCUGCAGUUACUGAACAUUCGUCAGAUUAAUACCACAGGUGUGCCCAGGUACCGCCUCAUGAUGAGUGAUGGUCAGCACUACUUGUCUUCCUUCCUGAUGGCCACCCAGUUGAACCAUCUGGCAGAAGAGAACCUUCUUGUACCACAUUGUGUGUGUUUGUUAAAAAGGACAACCAAUAACACUUUGUCAGAUGGCCGGCACGUGGUCGUUGUUGUGGACAUGGAGGUCUUGAAGUCAGCAGAAGAAGCUGGAGAAAAGAUUGGAAAUCCCAAAUCAUAUUCAACAGAUGGUCAGUUGUCAUCUCCAAAUAAGGUGUCAUCAACCACCUCGGAACCAUCAUCCACUUCAGCCGCUGAGGUACCUGGACCGUCCAACAACAGCAAAGGAUGGGGAACAGGUUUUACUGGAAAAGCUCCUGUGAAGACUUCACCAAUGAAGACCUUUCCUAUGAAAGGGUCGCCCAUGAAGACGUCACCCAUGAAAGCCUCACCUAUGAUGACCUCUCCCAUGAAAGGGUCACCCAUGAAGGGUUCAUCAAUGAUGACCUCUCCCAUGAAAGGGUCACCCAUGAAGGGUUCAUCAAUGAUGACCUCUCCCAUGAAAGGGUCACCCAUGAAGGGUUCAUCAAUGAUGACCUCUCCCAUGAAAGGGUCACCCAUGAAGGGUUCACCAAUGAUGACCUCUCCCUUCAAAGGGUCACCCAUGAAGGCGUCCACCAGUUCACCAGGUUCUGUCCCAAAAGUGAUGCCUAUCGCUACCCUCAACCCGUACAUCAGCAAGUGGACUAUUAGAGCCAGAGUCACAAACAAAUCCAAUAUCCGUAACUGGAGUAACUCCAGAGGGGAGGGCAAGCUCUUCUCCUUUGAGGUCGUGGAUGAGAGCGGUGAAAUCAGGAUCACAGCCUUCAACAAUGAAGUGGACAAGUUUUUCACUCUAUUGGAGCAAGGCAAGGUGUACUACAUCUCGAAGGCUACUCUAAAGGUAGCCAACAAACAGUAUACGACACUGAAGAACGACUACGAGAUGACCCUCCAUGCUCAUUCAUCUAUUGUACCUUGUACGGACAGUCCGGAAGUCCCAGUAAUGCAGUGUGACUUUGUGCCCAUUGGAGAGCUGGAAAACCGAGACAAAGACUCCAUUGUUGAUAUAAUUGGAGUGUGCAACAGUGCAGACGAUGUAUCCCGUAUCACCACUAAGACCAGCCGGGAAGUCUCCAAGAGGGCCAUCAGCCUAAUAGACACCACUGGCAAAGAGGUGACAGUCACACUGUGGGGAGAAGAGGCAGAAAAGUUUGACGACUCCGGACAGCCUGUUGUUGCCAUCAAAGGAGCUCGCUUGUCUGAUUUUCGGGGCAUAUCUCUCUCGGCUUUGUUCAGUUCUACUAUUAUGGUCAACCCAGAUUUACCCGAAGCCUUCAGACUCAGGGCCUGGUAUGACCGGGAAGGUUAUGCAGUUGACAGCCAGUCACUAACAGAAACCAUGUCAGUCAGUGUUGGAUCGAAGAUGAACUGGAGAACGCUGAGUGAUGUUAAGAAUGAAAACAUGGGACAUGGAGAAAAGGCAGACUAUUUUAGCUGCGUGGCAACUAUAGUAUACAUACGUAAAGAAAAUUGUUUGUAUCAAGCCUGUCCGUCUUCAGACUGCAACAAGAAGGUCAUAGAUCAACAGAAUGGUUUUUACCGCUGCGAGAAGUGUAACAGAGAGUUCCCCAACUUCAAAUAUAGACUCCUACUUUCAGCUAACUUGGCAGACUUCGGGGAUAACCAGUGGGUGACAUGCUUCCAGGAGACAGCUGAGGUCCUGCUGGGUCGCAAGGCAGAAGAGCUGGGACAGCUCAGAGAAACAGACGAGGCAGAGUUUGAUGAAGUCUUCCAGAAAGCCAACUUCUCUACCCACAUCUUUAAAAACCGAGUCAAGCUGGAGACAUAUAAUGACGAGAGUCGGGUGAAAGUGACCGUAAUGGAAGUACUUCCUGUCGACCACAGAGUGUACAGCCGAAGACUCCUCAGCAACAUUCAAAAAUUGGCUCACUGAGCCACAUUCACAUCUGGCUGCCUGAUAAUUACGCAUAUGUCGGCUUGGUUUUUGACCAGACUAGGACUGGUGUGAGACUUUUUCAAACCACCAAAUUUUAUGCCUGAUACAGGAGCAAUCAGUGAGAUCUUUAGCAGGUUUAUAUCUUAAAACACUGACACAAAAAAGUUCAUUAAAGGGAUUUUUUUUACAUUCACAAGGUUCUUUGUUUUAAAGAAAUUUAACUUUAAUUUGUGGAAUUUCUAAUUUUUCCUAUUUCUUAACAAGUGAUUUGUGUAUCUGUGCAUUUUUAGUAGUUUCUCUCUUUAUAUAAUGACUCGUUUUGAUUCAAAGCAUGUUGAUAGUCAAUGUUGACUAAGUGAUAAAAAGGAAAAUCUUGCUUUUAAUUUUGUAAAAUAAAUGUAGCACCAGUGCAUGAGAGUUUAUUUUAGAACCAUGUUCAGUGUUAAAAUAGUUUUUCUUUGUGUUUUCAAAGGGUAGUUUUUGUCUCUAAAUGAUGUUAAGCUGUGAUUAAAAUCACUUGAAAAUA